GAACAUAACAACAAGCAUACAGACGAAUACUAUACUGAAUAGUCUAGCCAACAACCCGGUAUAUGACCCUGACUACAGGUUCCACCGAAAUUAGUUCGCGGGAAAAAAGUGCACAUUUACCUAAAUAAAAUAAUGAAUUGUUCAACAUAAAUAGUAAUCAGGUUAAUCAGUGAAUCAAAUAUAUUAUACCGGUGUAAUUUUUGAAAGGUCAAUUAUCGAUAAAAUAUUAAUUUAAUAUUAUGUUUUUGUUCUCCUGACGGACAGGGGCACGUGUUAAAAUUUGUAUAAUCAAAAUAAUAGUUAUUAUAAACAAUUUAAAGAGUAAUGCCUGCAUCAACGUGUGAUCCAGUCAAUGCGGCUUUACGCCACGCUCUUUCAUCUGAUCGUGGAUCUUGCAAUAAUUCCGAUCUAGAUUCACGAUUAAUUGUAUCUGCAAAAUCAGUAUUAAAUUCUCACAUCGACUUCGAACAAUCGGAAACAUAUAAAUCAACUGUGUUGGAUAACCUCAAAAGUAAAUAUAUUGUAUUGGGAUCACCUAAUUCAAAAGCCACUCAGCAAAUGACACCGGAGGCAAACAAUAAAGAUGAAGAAAUAUUAUCAGAACCAAAACAUGUAUUAUUUCCUUUAGAAGCUGUUCAACUAGGUUGGAAGGAAUCAGGAUGGCACACAGGUGUUGGGAUGCAAAAUACAGGCAAUACUUGUUAUUUAAAUUCAACAUUACAAGCAUUAUUUCAUGUUCCUGCGUUAAUAAAUUGGUUAGUUUCGGAUCGUGAACACAGAAACAAUUGUGAAAGUUGUAUGGUUUGUGCUGUUGCUAAAACUUUGUUAUCCUCGCAGUCCCAGUCCCAGCAACCUAUUCGUCCAUGGUUAGUCUCAUCAAAGUUACGUUUAGUAUGUCGACAUUUAGUACCAGGACGACAAGAAGAUGCCCAUGAAUUUUUAAGAUACCUCGUAGAAGCUAUGGAACGAGCAUAUAUUCAAAGAUUUAGUAACCUAGAUAAUUUGGAUGCCCGUUCGAAGGAGACAACACCUUUAAAUCAAAUAUUAGGUGGAUAUUUAAGAUCCGCUGUACGUUGUUUGCAAUGUGGGCAUGUCAGUACAACCGUCCAACAUUUUCAGGAUUUAUUAUUGGAUAUUCGAAAAGCAGGAACUCUAGACGAUGCUUUAACGUCAUACUUUGCGUGUGAACGAUUAGAUGACUUAGCAUACAGAUGUGAAUCAUGUCGAAGAAAAGUAUCUGCAGUCAAACAAUUUAGUUUAGAACGAGCUCCUUACGUACUCUGUAUUCAAUUAAAACGAUUUGCUGGUGCUGGAGGUAAAAUUACAAAACAUAUUGCUUUUCGACAACGUUUAGAAUUAACAAGAUUUUCUCAUCGGAAACCAGCAACUCCAUUAGUAUAUAAACUUGUAGCUCUUGUUACACAUAUGGGAAUGUCUGCCAAUUGUGGACACUACACUGCCAUUGGUCUUACGCCUUCAGGAAGUUAUUACGAAUUUGACGAUUGUUCAGUAAGAUCAGUAUCUCAACAAAUUGUUCUCAAUACAAACGCUUAUAUUAUGUUCUAUGAAUUAGAACAAGAUUCUUCGCAACCAUCAUCUUGUUCCGAUAAAAUAAAUGGUAAAAUGACAAUAAAAAAUAAAUCACCAAGUACGAGCAGUAGCAGCAGCAGCUGUUCAUCUUCAAUACAAAAUAGUUGUCAUCAAUCUUCAACACCACAACCAAGUCCAACGUCAUCGUCAAUAAAAUCAUCAAUUAUACCAUCAUUAGCUUUCAAAACGAAUUUAAUACCCACUCCUAUACGUAAUAAAAAUAUUUUAGAGAACGGUAAAACAGACAGUAAUUAUAAUUUAUUGAAAACAUUCAAUCAACAAUCAUCCUCAUCCGAUGCUUCGAAUAGUAAAUUAAGUAGCAGCAGUAAUGCAAUGAAUGGAACAUCCUCAAAAUUAAAUGGUAUUAGUUCGAUUAAUCGAAAUUCAAAUUCAAGAACGGAAUCGAUCAGCUCGUCAACAUCAAAUGUUGCCACCGAUCUUAAUAAAAAUAUUGUUAAUGAUAUUUCACGCUUAUUGGAUUCACCGGAACGUACUGUUAAAGAAAAUACUUUAUUAACACCCGGUAAAAGUCUAAAUUCAAAUGGACAGAGUAUGGAAAAUAAAAAUUCAGUAGAAAAUAAAAAUGAUAGUAGUACUCCAAAAGUAAAUGAAGCAAAUGGUAAAAAUGGUAUUAAAAGUGUGGCACCUAUCAUUAAUGGAACAGCAAAUAGACGUUUAGUACCUUAUGACUCGGACGGUGGCUCUACUAGUGACUCUGAAGACGCACCUUCUGGAAAAUGGUUAAUAUCCAUUCGACCUGAAAGCAGAGCACCGUCAUUGAAUGGCGACACUGGUUGGAGGAAUAAAGGAAAAAUAUCGUCGACUAUUGAAACGAAUGGCAAUUCUAGUACUAACAACACCGUAUCUCAAUUGAUGCGCAUGUCACAUAGCGGGUAUGGAACGUCAGUCGUUACAUGGAAUGGAGAUCGAUCUGAUUUAGACAAAGAAGUAGCUAAUGAACGUAGAGAACAAUUCAAGAGACAUCGAACCGAUGUGGAUGAAAUGGAUCGUGGUCGUGUUAAAAAACGUAGACAAAAUAGUAGUGUACCUCGUUCAAAUCCAGGUUACAAUCCAUUUCAAGAAUAUUCACAAAAUAAUCGACGUUGGCAAAAUGGCUCUAAUAGUGCUUUACAAUUUCGAACAAAACAUCUUAAAUUCGAUUCAAAUUCAUCAAACUUUUAUAAUGGCACAAAAGAACGUUAUCGUCGGCGAUUUUUCCCCAACACCAAACAUAAUAGAUUUCAUCGAUAAGAAAUAUUUAUACAUAUUAAUUAUAACGAUUAU